ACUCGGACCUGCGUUCUACCAGAAGAGUGGUCAAAAUCACAAUCAUCCUCGCAAACCGACUGGUCGUCAGCCGCGGUAUUUCUUUCUGCCUCCUUCCAGCCCGUCGCUGAACGAAGCCUGGACAGCGUCAAAUCCCCUCAGGCUGGCCCUGCUACUGUUCAUUCACCUCUCAACAUGCGCAGGCGUAUCCCUGUCGACCAGUUCCUGGGCCCACUUCCUCUGAUAGUGAACUUGGCUUACCGGGUCCAAGCCGGCGCCGUCACUUGGAUCAGUCCCUCCGCAGGCGACGCACACAAGUCUGGCGAUACUAUCGUGGCACAGUGGACUGCAGAUGGCUCUUUCUCUUCACCUUCUUUUAGUUUGUGUACCUCCGGGAGCAAUGAUAGCGACGACGAGACUUCCGCCGACUGCGGGAGCGCGGUGUGGCCAACUAUUGAACAGAAUGGCAAAGCUAAUCUGACUCGUCUGUCUCUUCCAACCACGCCGUCUGCCGCGACCUUUUUCAUCCAGAUGUCCGACUCAGAGUCAGGCGAGAGUGCCAACUCACCGUCAUUCUCACUCAAUCCUGCAUCGCUUGUACCUGUAUCCUCCGCUCACUUCCCUGUGGACGUCCCGGCAACCGCAGUUUCCCAAUCUGCGCCGCAUCAGACCUCCGUCUCGUCGUCUAUCCAGCCUCUUCCAGACUACAACGAGGUUUCUAGGCCGACCCCAACAGCAGCGUAUGCUGUCCCCCUCUCGUUGGUGGCCGUCGUACUCCUCGUAGCGGGUGCGCUUGGUGUACAUCACCGGCGAAAGCUGCGCCAGGAGCUAUCAUCAGAAGACAAGAGACCUGGAAGACCUGGGUAUGCACGAGCCUCUGGCAGCUAUACCCGCUUUCCUGAGCGGCGUACCAAGGGGUACGAAAGUAGCCUCGGGUCUCGAGCGUCCACGCCUACGGCGAGUGUGGUGGGGUCGCAUCACGGUUCGAAGCAUUAUGAAGACGAUCAGCGUACUGACGACGAUGACCGUCGGUCGCUGUACUCCGCCGCCUCGCUCAAGAGACAGCCGAUGGUGCGGCGAAUGACACGAGAGCCGUACUACCGCGGGUCUCGCCCAACGGGCGGUACCUAUGGUCGGGGACGGGCUACGAAGAUGGCUGCCGGGGCUUUCCGAGCGGGGGUAUCGCCUAUACCCCCCACGCUCUCUCGGUUCUCCUCUGCACGGUCCGACGCGAGCACUAUCAGGAGGGAGAAAGCCAGAGCGAGGCUGGAACGGUCUGCUCGGGAGAUGGAUGACGGCUUCGACUUCGUUGAACGCUAUUUCCAUCCGUCGCCGAUACCGCCUUCACUCUCGCCUCGUCUGUCUCAGCCGGACAGGCUUCACACUCGACGGAGCGCGGCGAGCUAUGCUGGCUUAGGGCAUGACAAGCCUCUGCCGCGUUGCCCGAGGCAGCUGUAUGACGAGGUCGUGAGACGUGUGUCGGGACAGGAGUUCACGCGUAGAAGGGCUUCGGGACGUCGAUGAUGCCUAUCGUCAAGUACUGGCUGCCGCAUACGUUGCUAGCU